AGACGUAUGGCUGAGGGGCGCCGCCGCGCCUGCGGGGGGCCGCCCUGUGGUCGUGAUGGGCAUUCUGUUCUCGUCGAUCUUCGGCUCCCUCUUCGGCAACAAGGAGGUCCGGAUUCUUAUUCUGGGCCUCGAUAACGCGGGGAAGACUACGAUCCUUUACAGGCUGCAGGUGGAUGAGGUCGUCCAGACGAUACCUACCAUCGGCUUCAACGUGGAGACCGUGCAGUACAAGAAUAUAAAGUUUCAAGUCUGGGACCUGGGAGGCCAGACAAGCAUACGACCGUACUGGAGAUGCUAUUAUCCGAACACGAACGCCAUAAUAUACGUCGUGGACUCGGCGGACCCCGAUCGCAUCGGGGACUCCAAGGAGGAGCUGAGGCUCAUGCUGGAGGAGGAGGAGCUGAAGGACGUGACGCUGCUGGUGCUGGCCAACAAGCAGGACCUACCCGGGGCCAUGAGCGCCGCAGAGGUGUCGGAGGCCCUGGGCCUGACGGAGAUCCGCAGCCGGCAGUGGGCGAUCUUCCAGACCUCGGCCCUGAAAGGCUCGGGCAUCAACGAGGGUCUGGACUGGCUGGUCAGCGUGCUUGCCAGCUAGCAGCAGUGAGAGCGGCCGUGGCAAGCCCCACUUCUCCCUGCGGGCGAAAGGGUGGAGGAGGACCCUCCCCCCCUUCCUUCCCUCCCUCCACUCCCUCCCUCCGCUCCCUCCCCUGGUACUUUUGGGGUAUCUUUUAUUUUUCGUCGCCAAUCCCACUGUCGGGGGACACGCCCGACUUAACCUUAGGAACCGCAGAGGGGCAGCCCGCGGUGCCGCGGCCCCCUCCGCGCGGCCCGACCGCCCCCGGCCCGACCGCGAGAGGCCCGCGGGCUGCUGCAACGCCGCGCGUGCCCCGCGCCGCGCUCGCCUGCUCGGUCCGCC